AUGCGGUCCGAAGUUGACCCGCAGCAACAGGGUGAAGAGCAGGCGCUGCUGCAGCAGCAGCUCGCCCAGCCGCUCUUGCGGCAGCGGCACGAGCUAACGGCGGAGCAGGCUUCCCCAGACCAGCAGCAGCGGCAAAAGCAGCAGCAGCAAAAGCAGCAGCAGCAUUUUUAUGAGGAGCUUCAGCAGAGCAGCUCCCAUAGUUCCACCCGCAAUAGCAAAAAGACCUCCAAAGCUGGCGUGAACGCUGGCCGGUAUCGAGCUCGUUGCUGCUGCUGUUGCUGCGAUUGCAGCAGCAGCAGCAGCACUCGGCGGUGUUGCUGUGUUCAGAAUGCACUGCCUGCUGAAGCUCUGAGCAGCAAAGUGCUGCUGAACGUUGGGGGUCGUGCGUUCGCCACGACGUAUUCAACUCUAAGGAACUUUGGCCCGCAUUACCUCUCGCGUUGUCUAUCUCCUCCUUGGAGACAGGGUGAGACACGGGAGAUAUUUAUAGACAGGAACGGGGAUAGCUUCUCAUUCGUUCUCGACUUUCUUAGAAAUGGAGCUCUUUGCUGCAGCAACAAACCAUGGCUGCUGCAGCAGCUGCUGCUCGAGGCCCGGUUCUUUUGCAUUCGGCCACUUGAGCAGGAGAUUGAAGAUAGACUCAAAAGAAUAAGGCUGGAGGGAGUGGCAGUCAGAUGUGAAGAAGCAGAUAGGCUCGCAGCCACAGCUGUUCUGGGAGGUUGCCGAGCCCAGGAUUGUUUGGCAACCCUCGUGCCUACCGAAUCUCCCAUGCUGCAGCAACAGUUACUACACUUGAACUUCUGCAGGGACCCUGAAACGAACAGCCAUGGCCGCAGGAGCAGUCGUAGCAGCGAAGGGGGUAGCCGCUCAGGAAGCAGCGAAAGCGACGGGUGCACCAACGCGCGAGAGCCUCUUACUGCCGCAGCAUCAGCAGCAGCAACAGCAUCACCUGGGGAGACACCGCAAGAACGGGCGAAGCUUGCACAGAUUGCAGCUGCAGCCGAGCUGGCCGCACGAGCUGAGUCUCUAAGGCGCUCCCUCGUCAAUGAUGACCCCGAGCCCCCAGAGCCCCAGGCCGUCAAAGACUUGGGAGAGAGAGUGCUGCUUACCGACGAAGACUUUUGA